CAUUCUUUGUUUCUAGAAGUUCCCGCCCUAAAUGCUCCCUUCCUGAGGUCACAGGGGUGCUGAGUGUGAGGCUGCAGCUCUUGGCUCUUGGACCUGGGUCUCCCUCUUACAUUGUUUCAAAAACCCUCACAGGCUGGGUCAGGUAACCUGCUAGUUCUGUCUGUUAUGUCUUGGGAAUUGUACUGUGGCCUGCACUCUGUAAGGCAGAAAGAAAGGAGGAGAACUCGCAGGGGUGGUCUGCAUAGAGAAGGCAGGAAAUGUAAGCACCAAACACAGGGUGUGAUUAGCAUAUCAGGUUAGUCUGGAUUAUCCGCUGCAGACCAGGAAGGAGAAAGUAACAAAGGAGCUCUGAAAACGGCCAAGGGAAACAAGAAAACUAUUUCUUCUCGAUCAUUGCAGCAGUUGCAGAUUCAAGAGUUGUGUGGAUGCCUUUUAAGUUAUUUACUUAACACCCAGAUGUGAGUUUGUGAUAAAAAUCCCCAGAGGAGACACAGAGCUGGAGGAAGAAGAGGAGGAAAUGGCAGCUUCUCAGGGGCGGCUGACAUUCCAGGAUGUGACCAUAGACUUCACUCAAGAGGAGUGGGAAUGCCUGGACCUUGGUCAGCGGGAAUUGUACAGGGAUGUGAUGUUAGAGACCUAUGGGAACCUGGCCUCCUUGGGUCUUGUGGUCUCUAAGCCAGACCUGGUCACCUUUCUGGAGCAAAUGAAGAAUCCCUGGGAUGUAAGGAGAAUGGACACAACAGCCAGAUACCCAGGUAGGUGUGAAUGGAUGGAGCUGAUGACUCAAAGCCCCCAGAUCUGUUUCUUCACUGUGAUGCUGAUCUGUGGUGGAGGCAGGUGGGAUUGGAGCACACCCCCGGGAGAGAAGCCCCUGAGGAUUGCUGCUCUGGGGAUGUUUCCCUUCGAACGUGCUCUGUGCGUCACUUUCACCCACUGG